AUGCCUGUCCUCGACACGACGCCACUCGAAAAUGACGUCCAGCUCUUGCGCCGGGCACACCACGUCCUCGCAUAUCUCGUUCAUUUCUACGUCCAUUCCAGUCCACCCGAUCCACUCAGCCCCCACACAAUCCUCGUCCCCAAGGCCCUCGCACUCCCUCUCGUCCGCGUCUCAAAGAGACUCGAUAUUGCGCCCGUCCUCACCUUUGCGGAUACGGUACUCUGGAACCACGAGAUUAUCGACACCCCCGAAACCCACCGCUCCACUAUUACCGACGAACAGCAACGAGUUAACCGGACGAAAUUCAGACCACUCACACGCGCCAACAUUCGUCCGCUCACUCUCUUCACUCGUGGUCCAGACGAAGCCAAUUUCUAUGGAUGUUGCGCAGAAAUCGAGCUCAGGGGUGUCGAGGCCCUCCGUGCUAUUGCCCACUUUUACGACGUGGCUGGACGGCCGAAGAAUGCCUCUUCAUCCUCUCACAAGGAUCUGCUUUCCAACUUGGCAGACUUUGCGGAUGAGCUCGACAGGCGAAGACGCGAAGAAGGAGUGGACGAGGUCACUCUGGACGAGGCCGCAGCAUGUCUGCACACGGUCGCAAGCGUCAUCAAGGAUUUGACGACGAUUUUGCAAUCUGUGCGCGAAAUCUGCGACCCGCAUGCGUUUUACUUUGCCGUCCGACCGUGGUUUAGGGGAAGCGAUGCCAGUGCCGGAGUUGGUGGAUCAGACGCAUCGAGUGACGAUACCGUACCGGUCCCUCCACCAGGCAUGCGAAGAUGGAUCUACGAGGGUGUCGACGAAGACGAGGUGCUCGAGCUCAGCGGGCCCUCUGCAGGCCAGAGCUCCAUCAUCCACACUCUGGACAUUUUCCUCGACGUGGACCAUCAUAGUACCGCAGACUCGCGGUCCUCGACGCCAUCCACAAAUGCCGCGGUGCAAAAAUCUGCAUGUCCAGCCGGAUAUGGCAAGACAGAUUCGACCAGCUCAUCGCCUUCGGAGGUUGUCCCCGUCACGCGCUGCCCCGUCUCUGGGGCUCGAGCUGACGACGACGAACGGCAGCAAGCGAGCGUGCAGUGUCCAGUCAUGUCUCAGCGGCAGAGGGAACAAGACGAGGCCAAAAGACAGCUCCCCAAUGGCGAAUUCAUGACGCGCAUGCGCAAGUAUAUGCCAGGCAGUCAUCAGGCUUUUCUCGAACAGCUUUCUGUCAUCACUCAUGGUCCCUCGAAUUCAGACGAGCACACUUCAACGCCUACACCUGCUCCCUCAUACAGCGUAGAGGUGACCAAGCCGAUGCCAACAACGCUGGAUUCGUCCCUUGUUCAACUCAUCGAACAGCAGCAGCCACUUUCCAUCCGUGAACUCGCUCGCGCACAUCCAGACAGGCUCCUCAAGCCAUACAACGACGCCGUGCUCGCACUCAAGCAAUUCCGCGAUGCACACAUUCGCAUAGCCUGUCUCUACGUCGUCUCCAUGUCCCGCAAGAGCAGCGGUAUCCCUACACCUCCUUCUAGUAUGGGUGCCGAGCAUGGCAUCGAGAUGAUGAAGCGUGCUGGGGAAUGCGGGAUUGGUGCUGGGAGUAUGGGUAUGGCAAUGUGUCCAGCGAUGCGAAAGGCUGCGCUCGCGGCGAAGAAGAAGACGGAGCCUGUUCGUGGUACGGGCGGCAACGAGCUCUCAUUGCUCCUCAAGUCGUGCCGCGACGCCACGUCGAGGACACUCCUCUGA